GUAGUAAGGGUUAGGAAUCUGGUUGCCGGGACAGGUGUUGCAUCUUCCUUUGUUGCUUUUGUCCCGCUUUCACUGCCCAACGUUGAUCUCUCUCUUCAGUUACUCGUUAAAGGAAAAGCUAUAGCCAUGAGAUACUCGUUUGCGAUGCUUGCUGCAGCGGCGGCUUCGGCUACCGCUGCGCCUGGGCCGGAUGCGGACGGGAAAUAUACGCUUACCGCCCCGGGGAUCAAGGCGCAGUUCAUUCCCUAUGCUGCGACUCUGACCAACCUGUUUGUUAAAGACAAGGAUGGCGUUGAGCGCGAUAUUGUUCUCGGUUACACCAACACUUCUUACUACCCCGUCGACCCUGGACAUCCGGUGUACAACGCGAUCCCAGGACGCUAUGUCAACCGAAUUGGCAAUGGCACCUAUACCAUUGACGGCGUCACGUACCAUACGCAGCUCAACGACGGACCCAAUACGCUCCACAGCGGCACUAACAACUGGUCAUUCCGUACCUGGAAUGUAACCAAGUUUGGAAACGACUCCAUCACCUUUGCGAUUUACGACAAGGCGAACUCAUCGCAGGGUAUGCCGGGUGAUGUCGAGGCGAGUGUUACGUACUCGGUGUCGGCGAACACGUGGAAGAUCUCCAUGGAUGCAAAGUCGCUGGAUGUUAAGAGCCCGCUCAUGCUGACACAGCAUACGUACUUCCAGCUUGAUGCCUUUGCCAACCCGGAGAACAGGACCAUCUGGAACCACACGCUGUACGCGCCCAGCGCCAAGCGUGCUCUUGUGGCUGACCAGAACGCUCUGCCGACAGGAGUCAUUGCCAACAUCUCCAAAGAUGCCAUUGACGACUUCUGGUCUGCUCCUCAUGAGUUGGGAUUUGCGUCUGGCAAUGCCGAGUUUGAAAACCACUGCGGCAACGGGUGCCACGGCUACAACGGUGCCUUGGCCUUUGACGACGAGAGGAACAAACAAGAAGUCGCGCUCACAUUGUCGAGCGAAUGGUCCGGUAUCAAGGCAGAUCUACGAACAGACCAAGACGCAGUGGUUUUGUACACGUGCAACUGGAACGACGGAAAGACGGAGUUCAAGGACACCCAAGGAGUGGAAGGCCAGGACAAGUUCAUCCCUCGAGAUGGCUGCAUUGCCAUUGAAGCGCAAGACUACGUCGACGGCAUCAACCAUCCCGAGUGGGGUCGUCUUGAGAAACAAAUUUUCGGCCCUGGGCAGAAGUACCACUGGGAAUCCUCGUGGGAGUUUGGAACCAUUUAA